CAAGCAGAGAUUAGGUUCCUUGGGAUAAGAUUCAUGCUUUAGGUUGACUUUGAACUAAUUAUCUCUCAGGUGUCUUUCAACUCUAUGAUUUGACUCUGAUAAUACUGAUUCUAGUAAUGACCAACACUGGUGCUUUGGGGAAGUGAAUAUAGGGGAGGGACUCACUGAGGCCCAGGCUAGAGAGAAUGCCUUUCUUCUCCCUUCUCAAAAUUCAGUGGUUUAUUCCUGACUAUAUUAGUCAGGAUUUGAAGAGGGAGUUUGAAUGAUAUGCUGAAGGGGGCCUUCUAAGAGGAGAGGAAAGAGGAGUGAAAAAAAAAGCCAAACCAAACAACACAUCAUGUUCCAAGGUAACAGAAGAAAAUAUAUAAACCGAAUGAAAGAGAAAUUCAGCCUCACUUGGGAUGGUAGCUCCUCUUCUCUUGGAAAUCUUAGAGACUUAAACAAGGAAUUCGUACCCCUUAUGCUUCUCCAUAAGUACAAAGAACUGAAGAAUAUAUGCAGGAAAAAUACACCUGUCUCAGUCAUGACAAAGCAAGCACACAUCAUUGACAUGUCAGAAUUAUUUGGGUCUGAUGAGAGGAAAUAUGUUCCACAGACUGUUGUGCUAUGUGGUGGUGCUGGAAUUGGGAAAACAAUACUGACCAGAAAGAUAAUGCUAGACUGGGCAGAGGGAGACCUCUUUCAGGACAGAUUUAAAAAUGUUAUUUAUGUGAACUGUAAGACAGUAAACCUUACAUUAGAGAUGACUUUAGUUGAUCUGAUUUCCAAAGAUUGGCCAGACCUCCAAGCACCCAUAGAAGCAAUUAUGUCUAAUCCCAAACAACUCCUUUUUAUUAUUGAUGGUUUUGAUGAAGUGAAGUGGCCUUUUGUGGAACCUGAACCUGAACUAUGUCAUCACUGGAAGGAGAAGUGUCCAGUGCCUGUCCUUCUGCGAAGUUUACUGUGGAAAACAAUAUUUCCUCGGUCAUCUUUACUGAUAGCUACACGGAGCUCAGCUCUGAUGAGAUUCAGGUGCUUAAUAGAUGAUCCAAAUUGUGUAGAAGUCCUGGGAUUCACUGAAGCUAAUAUUGAGAUGUAUAUCUCUAAGUUUUUCAAAAGUGAAGCUAAGGUGCUGAAAGUCCUCGAUUUGUUAAAAGUCAGUGACACUUUGUCAGAGAAGUGUUCUGUCCCCCUGGAGUGUUGGAUUAUCUGUACUUGCCUGAAACAACAGAUGGAAAGAGGAGAAGUACCUGUAUUGUUACCCCAAACCACCACAGAUCUCUAUGUGUCUUAUCUUUCUUUUGGAUUAUCCCAUGAUGGGAGCUCUUCAAGUCAGCACCAUGACCUCCAACUGAGGCGCCUGUGCUCCUUGGCUGCAGAGGAAGUAUGGGCUGGGAAGUUUACAUUUAAUGAAGAUGACCUCAAAAGACAUGGGUUAGAUGUAUCUGAUGAUUCUUUUCUCAAUAUGUACAUUCUUGAGAAAAAGGACAAGGAAAACUGCUACAGUUUCAUUCACGGGAGAUUCCUGGAGUUUUUUGCUGCCAUGUUCUAUGUGCUGGAAGAAAAGAGAGAAGAAAGGGAUUAUCCUGCCUUUGCUGUGAAGGAUGUGAUAGAGCUAUUGGUACAGACUAGAGAAUCAGACUCUGAGGUUUCCAUUAUGAAUUUCCUUUUUGGACUAUUGAAUGAAGAGACUAUGAGACAGCUGGAUAGAAAUUUCGUUUACCCAACGAUACAAAGAGGGAAGGCAGAAUUACUACAAUGGAUGAUUCUAGAAAGCAACAUACAAAGAAUGAUAAAUCCUCUGCUGCACCCAGAUCCUUUGGAAUUGUUUCAGUGUUUAUAUGAGAUACGACAGGAGGAACUGGUGAGGAAGACAAUGAAAUAUUUCCAAAGUAUGAGAUUGAAUCUUCACACAUCAAAAGAUAUCCUUGUCUCUAUAUUCUGCAUUAAGUUAUGCUACAAUUUGGUGAACAUACAUCUGCAUAUCAGUCGAACUUUGAUGUACAAUUCUCCCCACAUCCUCAUUCAAUGGAAGGAACUUAUCUCUGUACUCCUUUUUAAGAAAAGCCUGAUCGAGUUGGAAUUAAGUGGCAGUUUCCCGGAUGACAGAUUAAUGAAGAUAGUUUACAAAGAGAUAAUGCACCCUAACUGUAAACUGCAUACUCUGAGGUUCCAUCAGGUUGAAUUAAGUGAAGAAAUGAAGAAAGAGUUUGAAAAUUUACCAAAGAUGAAGAAUUUCUUGUAUGUGUUUUUCAUGUGGAAAAAUGUAGAGAUAAUCCCUGACUCUGAAAUGAAAGAAGAGGAAUAUGAGAAUUCACCACAGGAUCAUCAGAGGUUCGAACCAGAAGAAGUUACCCCACAAACAGAGGCAGAAGUGACUUCUUUACUAGCCUCUUUUGACCCUUUGAAAGAAGAACAGUUAGAUCUGGAGAAGUGCCUGUUCCUGGGACCAAAUGGACCAGUAGAGCCUGAAUGGAUAGACAAGAAGAGAAACAUAUACAAAGUUCGUUUAUCUAUGGCUGGCUUCUACCACUGCCCUUAUACUGGACUUGGUUUUGAUGUGAGAAGUGAAGUGACUGUUGAUAUUGAAUUUGGUACCUGGAAUCAGCACUUAGAUUGGAUUCAGCAGCAAAGCUGGAUGAUCGCUGGCCCUCUGUUUCAUAUCACAGUUGAUCCUGGGGUUGUGACUUCUGUGCAUCUCCCUCAUUUUGUGCAUCUCCAAGGAGGAAAAGUUGAUAUCUCUUUGUUCAAAAUUGCCCACUUUAAAGAAGAGGGAAUGGUCCUAGAGAAUCCAACAAGAAUGGAAUCAUCCCAUGCCAUCCUGGAAAACCCUAGCUUCUCUCCCAUGGGAGUUCUGCUGAGAAUUGUGCAUUCUACCUUUCGAUUCAUUCCCAUUUAUUCCACUACUCUGAUCUACUUCCGUCUAAGGGCAGAGGACAUCACACUCCACCUUUAUCUGAUCCCCAGUGACUGCACAAUAAGGAAGGCUAUUGAUGAAGAAGAGGCAAAAUUCCACUUUUUACGUCUGCAUAAACCAUCUCCAGUAACCCCACUCUACAUUGGCUCUCGUUUCUUAGUAUCUGGAUCAAAACACUUGGAAAUAAUGCCUACAGAACUAGAACUCUGCUACCAGAGUGCUGGGGAAUGUCAGUUUUUCUCUGAGAUUUACACCAGCAAUGUGAAGGAGAUAAUCAGUUUGGAUUUGAGAGACCCAAAGGGGACAGUGGUCUGGGGGACAUUGGUAAGAUCAGGAGAUGUUGGAACAGUUUGUGCCCCAAUCUCUCCAGCUACCACAGAGCUUCACUUUGUUGAUCAACACAGGAACCAGAUAAUUUCUCGGGUAACGUCAGUGGACAUAAUCCUUGACAGACUUCACAGCCAAUUCCUCAGCAAUGAAGAUUAUGAGCACAUACGGGCAGAGAAAACUAACCCUGAGAAGAUGAGAAGACUGUUUAGUUUUAGCCCAUCCUGGAGCAAGGAUUACAAAGACCACCUCUAUAGGGUCCUGAGAGAGAUACACCCUCACCUCAUGAAUGAACUAGAACAUAUGGAAAAGAUAUUAGUAAGAAAGUAAGAAAUUAGUAAGAAAGCCAUUGGGUGGACUUUUCUACUAGCAGCAAUGCAAUGAUCCAGGACAAUUCUGAGGGACUUAGGAGAAAGAAUUGUGGGAAAAGAAAUACAAAGUUUGGAAAUUGACUGGAAUGAGAUGGAGAAGGUAGUUAUGCUGAACUUUUACUUAGAAAAAUCAAUAUUUUAAAGCUGUAAAUAAUAUUCCAAACUUUUCAGUGUUUGUAAAAUUUAUACUUCUGAAGAUGUUAAAUCUUAAAACUAUCUAAAUGUUUUUGGGACAUCCUGUAUAUCAAAUUGAUAAGGGGAACCAUUGGAGAGGAAUGUACUAGCAGCUGGCAAAGCAUAAGAAUUCAGUGCAGAAAGUAGCCACUGAACUAAAUCUUGAAGGAAAUCAGGGAUUCCAAAGUAAAAGAAGAGAGAGCAAUUCAGACAUAUGAAGGCAGAGGAG